AUGUUUUGUAUUAAAAGUCACUUUCCUUUCCCGUAUCACUUUUCCCGCCACUUCCUUUGCCCCUGCUGUUUCCGAUGCACCACGAUCAGGGAAACGGCCAGUAUUACCAUUGCUAUUUCAUACGUCUCUUUCUUUGUUCGUUUCUUUCUACUGUAUUUUUCACCCUUACUGUCUUUAUUUAUUUAUUUCUUCCUCUCUGCCUUUACUCCUUAUUUUUUCCCUUGUCUUCUUUCUCCAUUACUUUUUAUCUCUUUAUUUUUUUAUUUCUUCAUUCUAUGUUUUUCUUCAUUACUUCUUAUCUCUCUACAUUCUUCCCGUCAUUUUUAUUAUUUCUUUUUAUUUAUUCUUAUUCCUUUGAUUUUUUUUUCUCUCCCCUUACAAUUAAUGUUUUCUUUUCAGUCCAGCCUCAAUUUUCCCUGUCCGUUCCCAUCAUCCUUUGGUCUUCGUCGAUUCAUUUUUUUUCUCCUCUAUUCUCUUAAUGUUUCUUUUUUUUUUCCUUCGUUCUUUAUUCAUUUUGGCAACUUCCUUAUUUCCUUCCGUUCUCUUAAUGCUUCUUUCUUCUUCUUCUUGCUUGAUUCCUUUUCAUUUUUCUUCUUUGUUUACAUUUCCACAUGA